CGCCGCUGCGGCACUGACGUCUGGAUGCGCGAGGACGCGCGUCGCUCCCGGCGGUCUCGAGGCGCGCGCGCGGUCACUCGCAGGCGGCGUCAACUCAAGUCUGUGCGCGUUCACGCCGGAGAUUCGGAGAUGUCGGCGCCGUCUCCGCGCGCUUCCUGCCAGAGAGGAAAGUAUUUUGUCUCCUAAAAGUAGUUCAACGUGAAGGAAACCAUGUUUUGAUGAGCCAGCAUCCGCAAUCGAGCUCGCACAAUCAGACGACCCCGCAACGCUUUCUUUCCUAUCGAACGAGUUGCUCCCUGCUGCCGCCCUGGAAGCCGGAGUCGCCAUGGAGACGGUGGUGAUCGUGGCCAUUGGAGUGUUGGCCACCAUUUUCCUGGCCUCCUUCGUCGCCCUUGUGAUGGUGUGCAGACACCGCUACCGCUAUCCUCACCACCAGCUGCACCCCUUCGACACCAAACCCACAGUGGAUCUGAUUGGAGCCAUGGAGACCCAGAGUGAGCAGUCGGAGCUGGAGCUGGAUGACGUGGUCAUCACCAACCCGCACAUUGAGGCCAUCUUGGAGAACGAGGACUGGAUAGAGGACGCCUCUGGAUUGGUCUCUCACUGCAUCUCCAUCCUAAAGAUUUGUCACACUUUGACUGAAAAGCUGGUUGCCAUGACAAUGGGUUCAGGCGCAAAGGUCAAAGCACCGGCCAGCCUCAGUGACAUCAUCAGUGUGGCCAAACGCAUCAGCCCUCGGGUGGACGACGUGGUCCGGUCCAUGUACCCUCCUCUGGAUCCAAUCCUCCUGGACGCCAGGGCCACCGCUCUCCUCCUCUCAGUCAGCCACCUGGUGCUGGUCACUCGCAACGCCUGUCACAUGUCUGGCAGCAUGGACUGGAUCGACCAGUCGCUUAACGCUGCCGAGGAUCACAUGGUGGUUCUGCGCGAGGCGGCGUUGGCCUCCGAACCGGAUCGGAAUUUUCCCGGAGCCGACGCACAGAGGGAGCAGGCCAUCUAGACAUAGAAACAGAUACUGACCCAAAAUACAACACGUCCAUGUUAUCCGUGUGCUACUAUACUCAAGCACAUAUUCUGUUGAAGCAGUGUAGAAUAGGCACGCUCUGCCAAAUUCAUCGUCCAGUCCAGAUUAACACGGGUUGAUGAAUUACGUGACUUGACCCCGUCCCUCAUUUCCACUCCUCACAUAAAAGAAGCGACUUUGUUUCUUCAUCAUAUCCUUACCAAAAAGUGCUUGAGAUUCUGCCGCAUUCGCUAAAGCUAAAUAGUAAGUAGGGGGUCACACAAAGAUAUAGGUGAGGGUCAUGCAGUGUAAUCCUACAGCAGCUAUUUUUUUUUUCAACUUGUUCUGUUCAAACUGCCAGUGAUGGAAAGGUCUUUUGGAAAUGUCUUUCUUGGGUGCGCCAUUACCCAGCGGUGGGCCUAAAUCCAAUCUCGCCAGCCCUGCACAGUCACAUGGAGGCUUAGUCAGCUAAUCCAUUCUGAGGAACACAACAUCCAGUUAGCCAGUGAACCCAAAGGGGUUCCUGCUCAGUGGACCAAUGGUAGAGUAACCAGACUACUUUACAAUGUGUUGGGUCAGCGUGACUUGUGGAGGUGCUCAAACAUCCCUCAGAUACUCGUACGCAGUUAGAAAUAGCUGGUCUGUGAGUUGUUACCAAAUAACGGCAGCACUUUUAGCCACAUCAGCAGCAGGUUAAGAGUAGUUUCCCCGUUGAAAAAUUCCCUUUCGUCCCGUUGCUGCAUUGUACUACGAUUAAUUGAGGCUGUGGAACGAUGGAGAAGCACCACUUUCGUCCGUUAGCAGCUACUCAAUGGAUUAGCGCAACCAUUUGGACAGACAUUCUUGGUCCCAAAGAGGAUAAAUCCGAUUGACUUUGGUGAUGCAUUGCCUCUUUCUGGGAAGCCUUCAGCGGGUCCAACGCUGUGAUACAGUCUUGCGACUUUUGCCUUAAAAAUCGGAGCAGAUAUUCAUGAUAUUUCCUGUUUCUCUGAAAGUCAGAACUAGACAUCUAGUCAAGAAACACUUCCUUUAUUCUGGUAAUAACUUUUUUUAUCUAGAUUUGUCCAGAAAUAAGAAUAUUACACAUAUAUCACAGUGCCAAGUGCAUCGCCAUCAGCAGAAAUGUUGAGCGCCCCCCCACUACAGAGGUACGGUGUGUUCUUAUGUUUUGCCGUGUUAUGUGAGGCCGUUAGCGAAGUUGUGUUGAUUGAGGUGGAGCAGAAUUAGCGUGUUGUUUUGGGGCCAGAGGGAUGUUAUUGGAGCAUGUCUACCAGCUCUCCCAUGCGUAGCUAAUAGCGAAUCCCCAAGGAGUCCUAAUAAGGCAUUAGCCUGUCACAAUGAACACAUGGGCUUAAGCUGCAAUACACACAAUACACACUAACCUUUGUACACGCACAAGGCAGGCAGAGAAAUGACCACAAUCAGUGUGACGCACUGCUGUAAAAUACACAUCAUUGAGGCAAACGCGGUAGUUUUAAGGUUUUAGUGACAAUCACGACGAGAAGCAGCGGGUUUGACAAAUCAAUCAAAUGAGAUUCAGUAAAAACAGCAGCAUCCAGCAUGCAAAGAUGUUUUGAUGUAAACGUAUCAAACGAGAAGGAAACCUGUAGAAAGUGGUUAGUCAUUUAUUUUUUCUUGUUUACAUUGUGUGUUUUUUUUAGCUUUGAAGCCUUGUUUAUGCACAGUUUGUUACUGAUGUUUUCCCUUCACUCCCACACAGCUUUUCCUUUUCCCUUUCAUUGAUUUAUACAGACAAACUUUUAUAGGAAAAUUAUUUUUUUGUAUUUUGCUCUGACCAACAGCUACAGAGAGAUCCAUGUCUGAUAAAGAGUUCACACACUCAAAUUAGUUUGACAUCAAUAAAAAUGAAUUUCUUCCUCUCUUUUUA